UUAUAAAGUGGGAUGCAUUUUAAAAUGUUUAAUUUGUUCAUAGAAACAUUUUGGAAAUUGUUAUACGUCCACAUUUAGGAUCACUCUAUGCAUGUCUUUAUAAAUCAGGCCAUGGUUUCUUUAAAAAAAAAAACAAAGACUUUUAAGUUGUUUUAUAUCUUAAUGCUUGUUUUGUCUUAUUUUAAAUCAUGUAAAAUGCCUUAAGUUGGCUGGGAAACCACUGAUCCACAGGUUUUGAGGAUUGUUUGUUGUCAUGACAGUUACUCUCGGCCUGACAGAAGUUGAAGUGCACACUUAUGACUGUCAUAUGAUCUAAUCAUCAUAGCUCUGCACAGGACAGAUGUCAUUCUCAGGCCGUGGCUGACAUGGGAAUGUUUGGCGGAUGCCACUCAAUCCCUGCGACCAGAGCAAGGUUUGGGUUCGACGGCUCUCCCGUCUGAAGGUCCUCUGACGGGACAGGACGUGUCUCGACAGGACAGGAUAGGUAGCCUUGCUCUCUUUCCCCCUCUCAAUGAGGGACGGAGCUCAAUUAGCAUUUCACAAGCCCCUUUUUCCUUUUCUAUUGCGGCCUUCCCCGCGGUGCCCGUGCUUUUUGCGGGGAUUGUCCUGUUUCUGGCCCUUGUUGCCGUUGGCAGGGUGACAGUAUUCGAGUGUGCAAACUUGUGCUAUUGUCCCCGAGCCAGAAGGAGCCAUGGAGACCCCACUAAUAUGACACAGGAAAAUGUUUGCUGAUGGCAAUUCUAUGGGCUUUGUCUACCUCUUUCUCUUUCAUGACGACUCGAUUUAAGUCUCCGAAUGUUUGACUACAAAUGCGAGAGUGCUAUCCGGCUCCUCCGCCUUUGUCCCGUGAGGUUUGAAUGAGUAAUUCAGCUUUUGUGUGGCUCGAUUGAGGGGGCAAACAGAAAGACAAGAUUCUUGAGCGCUCAAGCCCCCUUUCCAUGGUUAUGCGCACAUCUCUUUAGUGCUGCUCCCCCGAGCCCGCGGCUCCCAACAUCAGUCUAAGGUAAAGACGGCGGCUUCGGAUCAGGACGGUUAAAAGUGAGCCGAGCCGAGCUUCAGCGGCGGAGCGUGGCGCGACACCCUCGCUUGACCGUCUCUUUAGAAACUCUGUCAAAUCAAAAACAGAUUGCGCCUGAGGGGAAUCCACUGACCGUUUCUACGGCGAAAUAUUGCAUCUGCUUGCUAUUUUCCCUUGGGGAUUUCCAUGACAACAAUUUGGGGUGGCAAAGAAUCCGACACCGGGGAUCUCGGUGGCUCAUUGUGAGGAAAGUGAGGUCGCUGAUUGGCUCGAGGGAAGCACCAUAACUACACCGAGUCUAUAGUCAUUGAGCUUCUUUGAGUGCUCGGGCUAUUAUAGAGGCCAGGCGAGCUGGACAUCACUUCAGCAGCUUUUGUGUGCAAGCAUGGAAAAGGGUUGAUGCAAAACGCCUUGGAUUCAUUAUUUGGACUGUUUCCCUCUAGGAAUGUAACAGGAGUGAGGAUGUAGAGCGCUGAGGUCCUGCUGAAUGAGCGCGAUGGCGAACUCUGACAGCGAGGUGAAGACGCUUCUGAACUUCGUCAACCUGGCAUCGAGCGACAUCAAGGCGGCGCUGGACAGAUCUGCGCCCUGCAGACGCUCCGUGGACCACCGCAAAUACCUGCAGAAGCAGCUGAAGCGCUUCUCGCACAGAUACUCCAAGGUGCCCCGCUGCCAUUCGCACAGAACAAGCGACCCCACGUGUGCUAAAGCAGGCGUGUUCGCGCGCGACGGCCCGAGCGGAAACGGGACAGAAGCGCGUCUAGCGACGGAUCUGAGCCCGAAUUCCGAGGACGACGCGCGGGCGGGCCACGUGCCCAUGCGCAAGCGGCAGCUCCCGGCAUCAUUCUGGAAGGAACCGCAGUGCUCCUCGGGCAGCCGAGAGUGUCUGGAGCACUUCCUUAAAAACAACGCGAACGGGACUGUAAAUGUCAGAUCUCAUGGCGAGAGAAGGAAGAUGAUUCAUGAUAACCCGCUGCUCUCGAGUAACGCGGAGCCGCCGAGGAGGAGCGCAGCGUGCGCGUGCUGCCCUCUUCAGUAUCACGCGCUGCACAGCCGCUUCCUGCUCCCGCACGCGGACGCGGCGUACAGGAACAAAACGACUGAGACGCACAGCUUCAUCGACGGACUUCACAAUAACAGCUCACAUGUGGUUAUCAAGCCGAUUCCCACGAAGCCAGCGAUCUCCUCCUCCAUUUUCAGCGUGUUCGGCUUUAUUUAGUGUAGAGGACUACUAACCUUCAGGACUACUUCACUUCAGGUUCAUGUUUUAACCGAUUAAUGACACGUUAUGCACAUGAACGAGCAGUUUUAAGCACUUAAAAGUACAGAUGUAGCAAGAAUAACACACACAUG